GAUAUUCUGAAAAUCCGGAACUUAAACAGUAUGCUUGCGAAAUCAUUGGGAUGGGCGCUGGUCGCCUGCCUGAUCUCCCUCGUAUUCCGCAGAAAUGCUCAAGCAGACAUCUCGGAUCCGACAUGUCCGCCGGGAUAUCAAUACGUCGACGGCAAAUGCUACAGCUCUUCCGUUUGUCCAUCAGGAUAUCACUUGCAAUCGGAUGGAUUGUGUCUUCCCCAGACUAACAAAAAGUGCCAGCCUGGGUACUUUCUUAACGUUGACGGUCUGUGUUAUCUGACGAAUCCAAAGCCGUGCCCGUUUGAAACCACUACAACUACCACAACAGAGCCCGCAACUACAACUACAACUACCACAUCAACCACAACAGAGCCCACAACUACAACUACCACAUCAACCACAACAGAGCCUACCACGACAACAACGGAACCAACUACUACUACAACAACAACGGAACCAACUACUACUACAACAACAACAACAUCAACAACAACAACAACAACAACGGAACCAACUACUACUACUACAACAACAACGGAACCAUCUACUACUACAACAACAACAACGAAACCAACUACUACAACCACAACAACAACCACAACCCCUGAGCCCCCUCCAAUUGCUCCUCCCGUCAUUGCCGAGCUAACUCGCUGUCCGCCGGGAUCGAUUUUCUUCGACUCGCAGUGCAGGAAAAUCGUCUGUUCGGAGGGUGAAUACUACGCUGGGCGGUGCAUUUCAUCGGCGUGCCCAGCGGGAACCGUGUGGUAUCAAAAACGCUGCCAAGAACCGGGAUAUAUCACGACUAUCCUUGAGAUCGGCAAUGUGAUCCGCAAUGAGCACAAGUACUCGGUGACCAGCGAAAACAUAAAUCGGGUGGAGUACAUUACAUCUGCUCCAUAUGAUCCCGAUACAGACAAGACCUACGAUUAUAGUACACCUGCAAAUGUCCCAGAUAAUAUUGUGGCCCCACCAACAACCAGACGUCCCUGGAUAUAUCCCAGUCUAAGGCCAACUACGGAGCAGUCUGUGAUCGAUGAACUAUUUCCGGGCCGUAACCCUCCACCGGAAUGCUGUUUUGUGAAGAGCCCCCGCAUCUGCAUCAACUACGCCCCCAAUUGGGUGUGCUCCAGCAGGGAAAAGAAGUUCUGCGAUGCCAGAGUCUGUGCGGCCCCAGUAGUAUAUCUCAAGCCACCGAAGAUCGUAUAUGACGAAAACCAGAAGCGGGUAGUCAUGCCGCCCAACCCGCCUCUUAUGGCAUGCAGUACGCCGGAUUGCAAGGAGAGCGACGCUUUGGAUUGUUCUGGCUGCAAGGAUCAUCAGCGGGAUAAGUGCUCACCGGGCUGCUACAGCUACUACUGCCCCAAUGGAAGCUGUGCCUUCAUGAAUACCGAGGACUUUUGUGCUAUUUAUCCUGGCGAAUUCGGCUGCAAUGCGAGGGACGGCUGUAUCUGGGAUUGGUGCAAUAAGAAGUGCUACUAGCUGAA